AUGGCCGACGGAGGACAACAACCACCGAUGGAGGGAGGAGGAGCACCUGCUCCAGAAGCAGCCGCACCCCAACCACCACAAGACGGAGCCGUGGCUGCUGCACCACCAGUUGAGGCUGGAGGAGCCGGAGGAGUGGCACCGGGAGGUGGAGGACAGGAUGCGUCGAUUGGAUACGUGACGAGUGCUUAUUCCAACUACGUUCAGGAGAUCCAAAGUGCUGUUGAAGGAGUCCGUCAACGUGCUGUCGCUCUCCAACAAGAGGGACCUGCUCAACUCCAACAACUCCAAUCCCAACUCCAACCACAAAGUCAAGAGUUGGUCAGUGCUCUCCAGGAGACCCAGGCUCCGGUCGCCCUCGCAACGUCUUCUGUCGUCGAGAUCUUCGGAUGGUCCUCCAUCCUUCUCCUUGGUGCCGGAAUUGCUUCCAUCAUCGGAGGAUAUCUUCUCUCUCCAAUCUUUGGAAUCUUCAUUGGAAGAGCUGGAGCUGCUAUUCUUGCCACUUUGGUGCUCCCAGGCCUUGCUGCCUACUACUUGAAUGCUGAGGACGGAUCCACUUCGGCCACUCGUUUCCAACUUCUUCUCCUUGCUCUCACUCAAGGAAUCCUUAUGGGUCACUCGAUCUCAUACACCUAUGUGAGUGGUCAACCACUUUCAUUCAUCACUCCAUUGGUCAUUGCUUUCGCCUAUCCAUUGGUUGCUGGACAAGUUGGAACCGCCCGUGUUCCAUUGUUGGGAGGAGCUGUCGGAGCAUCGUUUGCAGUUCAAUUUGUAUUUGGAUUGGUCUCGGGAUCACUCUCGUUCUCUUACUUUUUGUUGGCUGCUCUCUACAGUGGAGCUUCUGGAGCUCUCCUUCAGAUUGCCUGCAAGAACUUGAACGCACCAAGCAGAAUCCACUUGUACCAAAUCCUCCUGGUCGCUUCGUUCCUCUUCUCGAAGGCUUUGGUCUACGGAUUGUUCGGAUCUGCUGAGCCACCAAAGGCUAAUUGA